AUGAAGUGGACACUUGUUAAAGCGUUGACUAUAGGAGCACUGCUCCAAACCACCACUGCUCUACCAGCAACACCCGACAAGCUCAAAGUCGUCAAGACUACCAAGCAUGGCGACCAGACUAUCGACUGGGUGGUAAAGGAGUCUCAGGGCGAGAUUGCGUCCCCUCCUCCUCAUCCUCCGGCCGGUACGCAGAAGAGAGCCGCGGAUGUGCCGUCUGCUGCUCAAAUCGCCUCAAUCCCGGAACCUGGCCCCGAGGGUACCGUGCCCAUUGUUCGCAGCAGCAAAUCUAAUAUUCCUCCCAAGCGGCUCCCACAGGCCUCGGACAACAACAGUACUCAUGGUGCAACGACAUUUGCUGCAAAUGGCUAUGCUGGCACGCACUGGUACGCCAGCUCGAACCAGAACAUUCUCAACCACGGCGGCGGCGCCAAGUUCAGCAUCUACAAUGCAUACCUUGAGAGCGACUACGACUUCUCUCUGCUUCAGCUGGCUGUCACUGUAGGCAGUGCUCCUAAGCCUGGUGGUGGUACUACUGGCCAGACCCUGGAAGCUGGAUGGAUGCACUAUCCGUUCCUCGAAUCGGGGGGUCCUUUCCUCUUCACCUACUUCACCACCAACGGCUACACCAAGUCUGGCGAUAACCAGGGAGGAUACAACCGUCUCCAAAAGGGUUGGAUGCAGGUCGAUAAGGACAUCUUUCCUGGUAUCCACCUCUCCCCGAUGUCUGUGGACGGUGGUGCUCAGUACGAUCUCCAGCUCAACUACGUUCUAUACCAGGGCAACUGGUGGCUGUACGCAUUGGACCGCUAUAUCGGCUAUUACCCAGCCAGUCUUUACAGCCAGGGCGGUGUUGAUGCUUCCAAGACUCUGACCACACACUCGGAUGUAAUUCUCUUCUACGGUGAAGUUGUCAACAGCCAGGAUCAUCUUACCACCACGGAUAUGGGCAGUGGUGAGUUCCCUGACAAGGGAUUUGGCAAGUCUGGGUACAUCCGCAACAUUUUCUACCUCGACACCAACGAUAAGGCUCAGGACUACAACUCUCAAGGACACUAUGUGAUUAGCGAUCCUAACCGCUACCAGAUUUUGGAUCACUGGAACUCUGGUACAGAUUGGGGAAGCUAUGCCUUCCUUGGAGGACCUGGUGCUGGCGGUGUUGUAGGUGGUUAA